AUGACUAAGAAAUUGAAAGAAAAUAAACAUAAAUUAGCUAAGAGAUUAAGAGAUUUUGGAGAAGACUAUGUUAGCCCCAAAACCAAAUCUCUAGUACCCGGCAAAGUACUUAAACAAAGAUGUAAUAGUGAACUUUGUAAGAAACAGAGUCGGCAGUGUUUAUUAGUCAAUGAAGAGCAAAGCAUGAAAAUAUUUACAUUUUUCAAGCAACUGGGAAACCUUACACGCCAGCGGGAAUUUAUUACACGUCACGUUAAGAUAUCGGAAACAGCUCAAAAAACUACAAAAAAAGAAGAGUCUCGACGACAAAAGAGCCGUGAAUAUUAUCUCACAGUCGAAGGCAUCCAGUAUUUAGUAUGUAAGACUCUUUUUUUGAACACUUUCGGGAUCUCUGAGCGAACAAUGAGAACUUCUUUAGAAAAGGUAAAUUCAAGUGGGAUUCUUGAAGGAGAAAAAAGAGGCGGUAGACAGUCACAUAAAAUUAUUGUUCGAGACAAGGCACUUCGAGAUGCAAUUCACAAACACAUCCAAAGGUUCCCAAAAAUUGAGUCCCCCUACUGCCGAUCAAGUUCGAGCAAGGAAUAUCUUCAUCCAGAACUAACUGUUUCGAAAAUGUAUGCCAUGUUCACAGAAGAACUAAAUCCCACUGACGACAAACCUUCGAUUGACCUAUACCGCAAAGUGUUUAGAUCAUUAAAUCUUUCGUUUCACCGACCAAAGAAAGACCAGUGCUCGCUGUGUAUGACCUACAAACAAGGUGAGGAAGAUGUGAAAGAAAAACUGAAGGAUAGGUAUGAAAAGCAUCGCGUCGAGAAAAAUAAAGAGAAAGCUCUAAAGGAAAAUAGUGAAAUUGCGUGUGCAAGUUUUGAUUUGCAACAAGUAAUCUAUCUACCGCAGUCAAGGGAAAGUGCUUUAUUUUACAAAAGACGUCUGGCAAAUUACAAUUUCACGGUGUACGAUAUUGCUUCAAAGGAGUGUCACUGUCUCCUCUGGAGUGAACUAGAGAGCAAAAGAGGAGCAUCUGAAGUAAGUUCCUGUGUUUUUAGGGCCCUUCAAAUUUAUGACUCUAAACAGCACAUUAAAUCGGUCGCUGUGUUUGCAGACGGCUGUAGUGGACAAAAUAAGAAUUCCAUUAUUGCCACAAUGCUUUUAUAUGCUGUAUCUAAAACUGUAAACAUAGAAGAGAUCUCACUAUAUUUUUUUGAGUCAUUUCAUGGGCAAAAUGAAGGAGAUUCUGCCCACAGUGCCGUUUCUACAGCAUUGUCCACUGCGGGUGACAUUUUUAUACCCGCCCAACUGUAUCCAAUCAUUCGUGCAGCCGUACAUUGUGCACGACCUUCAGCAUAA